UCCUGCCUCAUGGCGGUAAUGUUUACGACGAAUAAAAAUGCAAUAUUUAAAAUUGAGCUCAAAUACUACCGUGCUGUAGUUAAGUGAGUGUUGGUGUUGUAACCGAGGGUUUAUAUAUGUCGCCUAUACUGUAUAAAACUACAAAAUAACAAAUACGUAGGCUCCUGUUUUAUAUCCUUUGUUUUCAAAAACUCCGCUCCGCCACAACGUGUCACCACUUCCGCUCUUGGCGCCAGGCAUUUACUGUAUAACAGCUUAUAAAAGGAACUUAAAAUUACAAAGAGGCAAGUCCAUAAAAUAGGUUACAGUGUUAAAAAAAUAAUAACAGCAAUGUUUUAUCCGGGGGUCGUAUGGCGAUGACGUCAUAUAGCAGGCGCCUGUGCUCCCCCUAACUUCCUGUCUCAUGGCGGUGAACGCAGGAGUUUAGAAGUUGUCAAAUAUUACCGGGGGCUUUGUAGCGGGUCAAGUGUGUCAAUCUGGGCUCAGAUAACGUGCGUCUCUCUGUGGUGAAAGGAUGAAAACAUUUGAUGCGACUUGCUAGGCUGCUAAUUCAUGCGCUGCUGUAAAGCAUUAGAGUUGAUUGAUUGAUUGAUUGAUUGAUUGAUUAGCUGCAUGGCUGCGAGCAGGAUGAAGCUAGAGCUGUGUCAGGUGCUUCAGGAAGGAAGCCGUCUGGGUGUCCUCAGGUUUCUCGGCAGGAGCGGGCAGCACUCCAUGGAGGUCCCCGGGUGUCUUCUGUACACCCACUGCGGCACUGUGCCUCACCUCACCCGGGACACACUGCACUGUGUGGACAAGCUGCCCUCCGUCACCCACGUCACGCUGUCACAUCUAGCGGAACACCAGGACGUGUUGGAGGAGUUCCAGGAUGGAUUUAAAACAUUUGCAGGUCUUGGUGACACCGUGUUGUACUGUUCGCUGCAUGACCCCGCCACCUCUUGCCCCGCGGGUUACACCACCAACAAGACUGUGUCGGUGUGGGGCAGCGGCGGGCGCAUGGAGCUGACGGUGGCAAAGUUCAUGGCCCUGCAGAAGCACGUGCAGCCCGACUGGUACCUGAGCAUGGCGGACGGAGAGACCUGGCAGCGCGACACGUCCCGCAAGAGGGUGCGCAAGGCGGUGGACCGGACCCUCGCCCACCUGGACCAGUGUCUGCUGGUGCAGCAGGCAUCACAGGAGCUGCAGGGAGCGCAGGUGUGGGGGGCGGUGCAGGGCGGAGACAUCCUGGAGGAGAGACUCCGCUCCGCCAGGGAGACCGCCAAGAGGCCCGUUGCUGGCUUCUGCCUGGACGGCCUCCAGACGGGCUGCGUGGACCAGGCGCUGAGGAGCCAGCUCAUCGCGGCGGUGGUUAAAGAGCUGCCCGACGACAAGCCCAGGAUGUUGCAAGGUGUCGGGCGGCCCGACGAGGUGCUGGCGUGCGCUCAGGCCGGCGUGGACCUCUUUGAGGGCUUCUUCCCCUUCCAGGUGACCGAGCGAGGCUGUGCUCUGUGCUUCGACUUCAAGAUCGCCACCGACCCGGAGAGUGCAGUGCUGGAGGAGCAAAUGGCAGAGGAAGUCCAGCAGAAUGGAGACCACAACGCGAGCGAAGACCAACACAGAUGACGUCCUUUGAGAUGGAUCUCAAAGACAAAAGGUACAGAGCAGACUUCGGGCCCCUGGUGGAGGGGUGCGGCUGCUACUGCUGCCGGAACCACCAGAGGGCGUAACCUGCACCACCUGCUGGUGACCAACGAGCUGCUGGCUCCCGUCUUGCUGGCCAUCCACAACACCACCCACUACCUGGGCUUCUUCAGAGCCCUCAGAGGAGCUUUGGCCCGCCAGGAAGUGGACCUCCUGAGAAGACGUGUGC